CUAAUAUCAACCUCCAAGCACCCUACCGCAUAGCACCGGCCAUAUCUGCCUACAGACUAGCGGACCUCAACCUGCCUAGAUAAUCCAUCCAAACCACCACCUCCACCGGCUGACAAAUAAACAAUCCUCCCCAUCUACCUAACCAACUAGCUAACUCCCACAACAAUCACUCCAACCAUCUAUCGCACCCCCAAACUCAUCCCCCCCUUUGCCCCCAAGCCACCAUCAACGAUGACCCCCCAAUUCAAACCCAAAGCCCUAAUCUUCGACCUAAUGGGCACCUGCACAAACUGGCACCCAACCAUCCAAACCGCCCUCUCGACCACCCCGUCCCUAACACAUCUCGCACCGGAAGUCCACGCCCAGAUCGCAUCAUCCUGGCGAGAGGGCUUCUUUCAGGAGAUUCAUCGUCGGUUUCGUGCGGGUCUGGGGACGGAGAGUAUUGAUGUGACGCAUCGGAGGGUGUUGGAUGGGGUGUUGGAUGGGGUGGAUAGUGUUGCUGGUGGUGGUGAGGGUAUUGUGGGGGAGGAGGAGAGGGAGAGGUUGGUUCACGCGUGGCAUUUUCAGGAUGCAUGGCCGGAUUCUAUUGAUGCGAUAAUGCGGUUGAAGGAGGAGUAUAUGGUAGUCGUCCUCGCCAACGGGACCACACGACUUCAACUCGACUUGAUCCAAUCAUCUAGAAUACCCUUCCACACGCUAUUCUCUUCCCAAUUGCUGGGAUUGACCAAGCCCGAUCCCGCUAUAUACCGCAAAGCAUUGGACUUGAUGCAGGUUGAGCCCGAGGAGGCGGUGAUGGUUGCGGCUCAUGCGUAUGAUCUUAGGGCUGCGAAGGGGGUGGGCAUGAGGACGGUGUAUAUUUAUCGGCGUACGGAGGAUUUGGAUGAGGAUAUGGAGGCUGUUCGGCGGGAUGUGGAUGUUUUUCUGGAUGGGGAGGGGCCGUUGGGGCAGCUUGCGGAGAUGCUUUGUGGGGAGUGAAUGAUGUGUGGUGUAGAAGUUACAUGUUAG